UUUCUUUUUAUAGCCCAGCUCUGCUUCCUCCUUCAACAAAGUGCAAGACAAUGGCAGGCACUUUUAAGAAACCAUUCACUUUGAGACUUCCAGCUACAAAACAGACACGGAUCACGCAAUACCUGAAGAAAAAGAAAUCUUGGAGUGCUAAAAUUAUGAAAUCGAAACUGAAAACUCGGAGAGGUGGAAGACUGACCGACAAUAAGAAGUACCUAGGGAUCCACGGUGUGACAGAAAGAGAGGACUUCCAGAACUUAGGGAAAAUGACACAUACAAUAGAAAUGACAAAAAUUAAGACUUUGCUUGAACUGGGAAAAUCUGUUUGUGAAGUGUGCAUUAACGGCACGGCCUGUGGUACAGGCUUCCUUCUAUUUGAGAAAUUCAUUCUGACAAAUGCUCAUGUUGUCAAGGAUAUCAUAAAUGGCAACAUGCAGCAGCUUUCACAGCCUGUUACAGUCAAAUUUGAAGAGCUGUCACUUUUGAAUAUUGUGGGGCAUAUUCCCGUUGAGGAAACCUUGACUGCAUAUCGAUUUGGUUGUGACAGCUCAAACCAUUUCCUGGACUAUGCUUUACUGCAGCUGGCAGGCUCAUUGGAAAACCUGCCCCCAGGCCUGCUGCCUCCAGGUCUUCUUAGUAAGUGCAGCCAUUCUCCACACAAGGGUCAAAUCUGUAUCAUUGGACACCCACAGGGGGGUGUGAAAAAAAUGGCUGUUGCUUUCAUCACUGAAUAUGAAAAACGAAACAUGGCUUUUGACAAGUAUUUUGCAGAGAACCCUGGACACAUGGCAGCAAUAAUAGGGUCCUUGCUGAAGGAAAAAUGGGACUUUAAAGCAAUGGAGAAUCCCCGUCUAAUGACCUAUGAUACAAGUUUCUUGUAUGGGUCCUCUGGCUCUCCGGUAUUCCAAGACCACUGCCAGCUAGUUUCCUUGCACACUGGUGGCUACUUCUAUGAGAAGGAUGGUAAAAGUUACAGCAUCCAUGAGUAUGCCAUUCCCAUUAUGAACAUAGUGCAGGACAUUCUGCUUGAGCUAUUACAAAGCAAAAUUAUGCAAAAUCACCAAAAACUUGAUUGUUUGGAAAAGUUCAGCAGUGAAGCUUUGAGGGGGUCACAAGACAUGGUGUGCAUGAUUGCAUGGUUUAUGACUGAAGUUUUAUUGAAGUUCAGAUUGAACCAGAUAUACCCAAAAGCUCUACAGGUGCUUCUGGGUACGGUGAACGGGACCACGCACCAUGUCAUAACACAGCUGCAUAAAGCACUGAGAGAUGCCAUGGAUACAAAGCCAUCGCUGAAGGGAAUUUCUCAACAGGGCCUUCUCAAAUUGGCAAAUACAGUAGAAGAACAAUCCAGCAUGGCCACUCUUUGCCAUUUCCUGUUUGAAGAACAGAGAAGGGUAUUCCAAGACAUUUGUUUGGCAAAAGGCAGACUAGGAAGAGAAAGAAAGAUGCAGAGGAAGGUAUUGAUAAGAUAUUGAAAUAAACAGCAGAUGAAUUAUGUUUUGAACUCGUAGCAGUACAUUCAUAUAAAUAAUUAAGAAAUGUGUAUAUUGCAUAUUGCUGCUGUCAUUUCCAGAUCUUUGGGAUUACUGAGGAUGCCAUUCUCGGUCUGUCUUAUUAGCAGUUAAAGAACAGAGCUAUGUAAAUGGGACAAAAAACUUGACUGGUCAAAAUGGUUCAUAUUGUGAGUGUGAUUGUUUGGUUUAAAACUGUGGUUUUAAUGUGACUCAGAGAGAACCAAAUAUAACUACCCAAAAUCCCUCUAGAUGUUUCUGGGUGCAGUGGAGGCAACCACACUGAGGGCCUGAUUUACUAAUGCUGCGUUCACACAAUGUAAGAGUUACCUAAAUUAUCACCUUCUGACUAGGAAAAAACGUUCAAGUUGACCUCUGAGUUGUAAGUAGGAAAUAUGGGAACUGCCUGAUGUCUCCGAUUUCUCCGACCUGGCAGUAAAAAUCACAGAAUUGUGUGAAUAUAGCAAGAAAAAUGGCUUCCACAAUGACAAACUUGCCAACCUUUCAAGAAGAGAAAAUCAUAUCGUAUGUGUUAAUAUUUUAUUUUUAUACACAAUUUUAUAUUUAUUUUACACAGGACCACCAUCUUCAGUUUCCCAAAGAGUGUACAAUGCAUGAACACUUCCAAGGCAGGGCAAUUAAGUCUUCUGAUCAUUCAGCUUUCUCCCAUAUGACGUAAAUGCAGCAUAAGACCUUUAUACUAUAAAACCUUUUAGCACAUGCAAAACCAGUAACGUGACCAAUGACUGGUCAUGGUAUUUAUUUUGCAUGCCCUAAAAGGUUGUGCCGAAAUGCAGAAAAUGAAGUCCAUCACAGAUUUGUUUCCCCAUUUCCUCUUUGAAAAAUAAAAGAGUAUUCAAAUUCAAAACAAUGCAUUUAUUUAAAAGUCAGAGAUAGCUGAGGCAAUUGGAUACUUGUAUGAUGUGGUAACUUCAUAAUGAAGGUAAAUGACUUGAUAAUGUCUUGAUUUGAGGUUGUUUCCCCCAAGAUACAUUGGUCAGUUGGUGCCAAAAACAUAUUUUGUUUAUCUAAACUGUCCAUGAAACUGUAGUCCUUUGCUCACAGCAGUUAAACCAGAUGAUGUAAUA